AUGAAUUCUUAUAAUUUAUUACUUUGUAUUGUUGAUUAUAUUUACCAUGCAAUUUCAAUUUCUCGAUUAAAGAAUCAUUUAAAUGCUGAUUUUGACAAAUCUAAAGCUCCACUUGAAGUUCUUUGUGAAAAGUUUGAAGGUGCUUCUCUUGAUACAAAACAUUUAAGCACUCAUUGGCUUAAUCCAAAAUUAUUAAAACUUGUGGUUGAAAAUUUAAUUCCUUUCGAUAUUGUUGAGGACAAAUUUAAUAAUUUUACUGCUAUAAGAAAAGCUUUGGAACAACUUUAUGAAAGGAAAAUGUCUGCACGUUCUGAAGUUGAUGAGCGGAUAUUCUUGAAGCCCUUAUUGACUUUUGGAGAUAUUAUUUUCUCAGAUAAAUUUGAAGAAGAUGCCAUUUCUGUUUUGUCUGGAGAUCUUUGCCAAUAUAUCAAUAAUGAUUUUUUGAUCAAAUUCAGCUCACAAAAUUGUUUAGCCAAAUUGAAUGCGCCUGAAAAAAUUCAACCUCCAACUGAAGGGAAAUCUUAUAUGAUUACACCUGAUACUGUUUGUCAAAAUAGUGCAUUUUAUUCUGAUAUGAAGCUAAUUGAGAGGAUGGAUGAAUUAUUAUCAAUAUUUAGAAGUCAAGGAAAAUCUUUUAAUUUUGAUUUUGUUGACUGUCAAGGAAAUCCACGUGAAUAUAUAGCUGAACAAGUACACAUAUUUGGACAGAAAUUUCUUGCAAAAUUCAGUAAGGAAGAGAAGGAAAGCAAUGAAAGUGGAUCUUCAGAUCAUGCUUUGAAUCAAAUUCAAUUGGAAAAAUAUGCUGCCGAUAUUGAAACAUUAUUUUAUUACCUUCUUCAAAAAAUCUUAAUUUAUGAUCAACAAAAAGCUUUGGCUAUGGGGUUAGAAAUGAAUGUUGAUUUAACGGCAAUAUUACAAAGUUCAGAAUUUCUUGUUUCAAUUUAUAUUUGUGCUGCAGAUUUAAUUCUUUGGGUUAAUGAAGACUUUCGAACAUUUCGAUGGAUAACAGAAAUAUUUACUGAUAAUGUUGCUCCUCUUGAAUUUUAUCGAAUUUUUGAAUUAAUUGUUAGGGCAGAUACUUCUUUUAGUCGAGAAAUGGUUAAACAUUUAAAUCAGUUAGAGGAAUGUGUUUUGGAAGAACUUGUUUGGACAACAGAUUCGCCUUUAUGGAUUGCUUUACAGAAUAGUCGAAUUGUUGAACAAUUUGGAGAAAGUUCAUCAGUUCCAAGCUCUCAAAUACUUUCUAAAUUUACCGGAAAUUUACAACGAAAUAAAUCUGAUUUAACUCCACAAAUUAUUAAUUUUUUUAAAAAGGUUUACCAUUUGUCUGCAAUUCGGCUAACAGAUUUGUUUGAACGUUUACGUAUUAGUGAUGAAUUAACUAAACGAAAAAUUUGGACACUUUUUGAGCAUGUUUUUCGUACAAAAAUUAUUUUAUUAAAAGAUCGACAUUUGGACCAAAUAUUGAUGUGUUGUGUUUAUAUUAUAACAAAAGUGUGUGCUCUCAAAAUAACAUUUCAGGAUAUAAUAUUUCAUUAUCGCCAUCAACCACAAGCUUCGAGUAAUGUUUAUCGAAAUGUACUUAUGCGAAUGGAUUUUAUUGACAAAAAAGAAGAUAAUUCUCCUGAACAAACUGAACGUGAGGAUUUGAUUAGGUUUUACAAUAAAAUAUUUGUCCCAAUUGUUGAGGAUUAUGUUAAGAAAUUAUAUCCAUCUGGGCCAGAAAGCAAAGAAAAUGUUUUCCCAUUAAUUUCAAUGCCAAAAACUCUAGUAAAUCCUCUAUCACCAAGAAAAGUUAUUGGAGACAGAAUUAACGUUAUUCCUUUAUCUCAAUACUCUCAAACAAUUGCUAGACAUCGUUCAACAAGAAGAUUUGAUAUUUACAAGUCCCCUUCGAAGGAUUUGAGAACAAUUAAUGCAAUGGUAAAUAGAGGAUUGCCUACAUAUGGAGGGCAGAAAUUAGUCUAUAACUAUCAAUGAACGAUUAACUUUUGAGAAACGUCUGCCGUUGGUAAAUUAUUAAAAAUUUGUCUCGUGUCAAUAAAAAUGACAGGAAAACGUUUUUAUUUUUGGAGGGGGUUUUGCUAGG